CUUUUAAUUGCAAGAUGGAACAAACUCAGUUGCUGGAGUGGGAUGGAGAAGGCGACUCCCCGGAUAGGUCUGAUGGUGCAGGGGAGACCCCUAAGCCGGUGGGGCGCCUGCAUCUGCUGAGCAGCAAGUACGGCCCCGAGAAAGAUUUCUGGAUCUACCCUGGCGAGAACACCAUUGGCCGCUUGGAAAGCUGUCGUGUCUGUUUGCCUGCUAAUUCUGUUUCCAAAACGCACGCGAUGAUCGAGGUGCUCUCUGCCAAUGGGCCCCACCUUUUGUACGAUCAGGGCAGCUUGAACCGGACUCGGCGUCAGCGGAUUACUUUGAUCCCUCAGGUCCGCUACAGCCUCCAGGAUGGAGACACCUUGCUCUUUGCGGACAUGGGAUGCCAGUACUUCAUCCUGGUCCCGGAUACCGAUUGCAACUCCCCCAAUGACUCCAUGGCGGUGCCACCAACCCAGGAAAGAGUGGAGGCCAGUGCGCUAGCCAUUGAGGAAACACCUGCACCUGGCAGGAGAAUAGGUUGUGGGCAAGUUCUGGUCCAGGACUCCGACAAGGAAGAGGAAGGGGAGGAAGUGAUCUAUGGGAGAGGAAGCUACCUGCACCACGCCUCAAAAGAGGAGUCUGGUUGUUCUAACAAAAACGGCACAGGAGAAGGACAAGCGAGUUUGGCUUCCUUUGCUGUCUUCUCUCCUUCAACUACAGUGGUGCCUGAAAGCGAUGAUGAAAACGGAGACCCUUCAGUCGUUGGCCCACCCUGCCCUGCUCUGCGCCUUUCCUUUGAGAGCCAAGAUGCUGGACGGACCCCCAUAGAAAAUGGUGGUAGUGGUCCUUCCUCCAACAGAGAAGACUGUGGAGAGCCCACAACUAAAGAGGGGGGAGCUUCUGCAGAACAUGGCCUGGUGGAAGGCUUUCAUUUGGACAGCGAUACAGAUGUAGAGGAUGAAAACCAAAUGGAUUGCAUCUCUGAAGCACCUGCAAAAAGGGACAGGGGCCCAGAAGUGGACCCUGACUCUGAUCUGAAUGAGUCUUCAGUGGUGGCUCCAGCGGCCUGUUGUCCCCAAACCUCAAUGGAGCUUGGCAGCGAUACGGAUGCGGAGGAGACCAUCGAAAGCCCAGCUGUCUUCAGAUUGAAGCUCCCCUCUAAUUCUAUGGAAAAAGAAGAGGUCGACACCGAUGUGGAAGCAGAAGUGGAAAAUCCAAGUGUUGUUUGUCCAAGAAAACAUGAGCCUGUUGCAGGUGACUGCAAACGGUUGGAAGACAAUGAGGACAAUGUCCAACUUGGUGGGAGAAAGGAUGAUGAUAAUACAGAUGUGGAGGAAGAUUUGGAUAAUCCAGGAAGCGGUGUGAAUGCCCCGCUUCCAGCUGCACAUGAAGAUGUUGACACAGAUGUGGAAGACUCAUCUGCCAAGGGAGAGACUCCAGGUGGCACCAAGAACCGUGGAGUUGGUAGACACAGUAAUGGUGAAGAUGUUGACACAGAUGUGGAAGACUCAUCUGCCAAGGGAGAGACUCCAGGUGGCACCAAGAACCAUGGAGUUGGUAGACACAGUAAUGGUGAAGAUGUUGACACAGAUGUGGAAGACUCAUCUGUCAAAGGAAAAACUCCAGGUAGGAUCAAGAACCGUGGAGUUGGUGGACAUGGUGAUGGUGAAGAUGUUGACACGGAUGUGGAAGACUUAUCUGCCAAGGGAGAGACUCCAGGUAGGACCAAGAACCGUGGAGUUGAUGGACACCGUGAUACCGAGGAGGAAGCGAUUCAACCCCGGCUGGAGAAUUCAGAAGAUACUUGCCCUCAGAGGACUUAUUCUUCAAGUGGUAAGGAGAGCAGCACGGGCAAGAAAAAGGUCCCCCUCAAGAGGAUUGUGCCAGAGGGUCAUAGUGUCGGUGAGAGACACAGUGAUGUGGUUGGGUUGACAAAAAACUCUGAUGUUGAACUUGAGACGAGUUAUGAAGUUGGUGACAAAUCUCCUAGGGACUUCGACGAGAAGGAGCCCUCGACGAAUCUUGCACAACACAACCUGCCCAUAUUCUUUCUAGGUAGUGAUACAGAUGAGGAAGAGGAGGCAGGUAAUCCAGGUGUGGAAUCCAAGAGCCAGCAAGUCUCCGGCGGAGAGUCCAGCAAAGGAAGCAGAGCGAGCCGUUUGCGGGAUCCAGAUAUUGGAUCUCGGGGAAAACCUUCAUCUGUACAAGACAAGGACAGCGAUACGGAUGCUGAAGGGACAUCCAUGGAUCGUGAUAAAUCCACGGCUCAAGACAGUGAUACAGACACAGAAGACGUUGCUGCAUCUUUACUAAGAAAACCCCUAGAAAAGAAAAGCUCUCGGUUAAUCAUCCCAGUGACGUCGGAGGCGGAAGGAGAGAAGUUGGCUUCUUCUGCCGUGGGAAUUGGAGUGUCCUUCAAAUCUCGUGAAGACAAUGAAGACACAGAUGCAGAGGGAGGGCGAUCCUAUUCAGCAGACGAGAGCAGCACCGAUGAUGAGCUUGAUGUGUCCUUGCAAGCUACACAGUGUUACCUGCCAACUGAAACCACACCCCCUGGACUUGAAAAAGCUGGAGGUAUCACAGCUACAGAUGUGUCCUUGCAAGCUACACAGUCUUACCUGCCAACUGAAACCACACCCCCUGGACUUGAAAAAGCUGGAGGUAUCACAGCUACAGUAACCAGCUCACCUUUGAAAGACAACACCUCUGACCAAGAAGAUGACAUCCUGGAAGCUACCCAGCCAUACUGUGAGGCGUCUGAGCAAGUCUCAACAGAGCCCCGUGAGGCCUUGGCUGGCAAAGAGAAGGCGGACCCAGAACGGCUUAUCCAGAACCAACCCGAAGGGGACAAAUCUUUUGAGCAGGUGUCUCAGCCUGACCUCCCAGCUGCAGCCUCUCUAGGAGAAGAAACCACCUCCAGUCUUCCAGGAGACAACCCUCUGCCUCAGGUGGUGGAGUUUCCCUCUCUGCAGUCCUCCUUGCAGACACCAGAGGGCGCCCCAGAAGAGGAAGCUCAAAUCCCCCUUGUGGUCAGCAAGGGGUCCUUGACUUCACAGGAAAAGAAAAGGGUGGAGGUCCCGAGACAGAGUGAGGCAACUCCUGUGGAUGACCGGGUGGCAGAAAACUCGGAAUUAGUAAGAAAAAUAAAGAAACCUAAGAAGGUGUUGGUGCCAACCCAGGAGGAUCCAGCUUCAGCGACGCCCCCUGCCCGUGAGCUGCGGCGCCGCCUGCGAUCUUCAACCGCUUCCGCUUCACCCACCCCUGUGCCAGAAAGACGAAGCCUCCGCUCCAGCACCCCGGCUGCCCCAGAGACCAGGUGUAGGCAGCUCAGCAACACAGGUCAGCGAGGGAGGGGCGUAAAGGAGAGACCAGAAGAGCCCGGAGAAGAGGUGCCAAGGAAGAAGGCCAGGAAUGGAGACCCCACCGCUGCUCCCACCCCUCAAGGUCGAACGAGGGGCUCCCAGAAGGAACCCAGGGCUGCCAGCAAAGUUGCAGAAGUAGCAAAAGCCAUCCCUGGCAGCGCUGGGCCCAGGGAGCCCACGAAACGGGUCAGGAAGGCUCCUGCUCCCGGGCUAGAAGGGCAGGCGGAGCGUCGAAACACUCGGGCCAGCAAGCACUCCAGUAGCAGCACUUCUGUGAGCACCCCAAGCCCCAAGGAUUCUGGGAAAGGUGCCAAGCCUGGGCAGGAACCCGUCUUCACUCCGUCUUCAGGAAGGAGGUUGCGGUGUCACAGCCCAGAGAGCAAAGCAACAAGUCCAAAGGCUUCAUCGGACAGUCACACCCGGCGCGCCACUGGACCCGGCAGCCCUGCCCCCAAGGUGCUGUUUACAGGUGUGAUUGAUGAGGAAGGAGAGCGUGUAGUGGCCGAGUUGGGGGGUUCUCUGGCAGAAUCCGUCUUUGACUGCACUCACCUUGUGACGGACCGCGUACGUCGCACCGUCAAGUUUUUGUGUGCCCUGGCUCGGGGAAUCCCCAUUGUGACGCUCGAUUGGCUGGAGAAGAGUAGACGGAAUGCUUUUUUCCUGGCACCAAACAACUUUCUCGUUCGGGACCCUGAGCAGGAGAAGAAUUUGCGCUUCAGCCUCCUCACCUCACUGCAGAAAGUGCAGCAGAAGGGACCCCUGUUUCAGGGCUACAAGAUUCAUGUCACUCCUAACGUGAAGCCAGAACCGGAAUACAUGAAAGACAUCAUUAAAUGCAGCGGUGGAACCGUAUUAGCAAGAAUGCCGCGGGCCUUUAAGGAGAAAUGUGUUGUCGUGUCCUGCCCCGAGGACCUGUCGCGCUGCAAGCCAGCUCAGGAGGCCGGAGUCCCCAUCACCAACGCAGAGUUCCUCCUGACGGGUAUUCUUCAGCAGGCGGUGAACUUGGAGGCUCACCGCCUGGAUGGAAGUGGGGGUCUGUCUCCUGCUUCCAGCCCGCUUGUUCCCUCUACCAGGACCGGCAAGAAGCGGGCAGCAGCCACACGGACGGCCCCAGCUCCCGCCAGCACAGCCAAGAGACGACGCUGAUUUUCCACCCCACCCCCCAAGGGCAGCACUGCCUUAACAUUGUACAUACGGGAUUUUUUUUUUUUCUUUUUAAUAUACCUCUGCCAAUAAAAGGGGUAUGAAAAGACUUGAUGGAUUUGGAAUGGGGCCUUAGCAGUUGGAUUGAGUGCUUAACAGGAGAGAGGGAGGGGAAAAAAAUCCUUUCUCCAUCAGGUGUGGUUUAAUAUUUUUUUAGAAAUUUUGAUUUAAACCGGGGGUGGAGGGAGGAACAUCCAACCCUGGCAGCUUUCAAACCUGUAGACUUCCAACUCCUAGGAUUCUCUAGCCAGCCAUGGUGGCUGGGGAAUUCUGGGAAUUGAUGUCCACAGGUCUUAAAAUAACCAAGAUUGGACAUCCUUGAUUUAAAUGAUUUAAUUUCAGAAAUUUAAAUGUAAUGGGCUUAUGAAGAAUUUAGGCAUCAGUGCCUUCUGAUUUACAAUUAUAGCAACCAAAAGGUAGCCCUCUCUCUCUUUUUCUGUUAGGGUGACCCGAUGGAAUCAUAAUGCCAAAAUAAACAAAUGUGCCCUUAAAAAAAAUGGCCAGUUAGCUUGAAAGCUGCUAGUUUUGAAACAGCCUGUCAAAGACUGAAUUC